AAGCCCAAGCCUCAUCGUUGCUCUUAUCCAGAGAGCUCUUCUUCUCCAUGGCCAACACCUCGCCGGCGUUCUCCCUCUCUCCGCUUCCCCUCAGCCUCUCGCCUCCCCCAACGCGCUGCUCCCCCACUCUACUCCCUCUCCGCACCAUUCGCGUCUCGCCGGUGCUCGUCGCUGCGCCGACGACGUCCACGACCGGCGUGGUUCUCGUCGAUCGAUCCGAUGCCGAGAAAGUGAAUCGUUUGAAGUCAGUGUUUCUCGAAAAGGUCAUCCCCAUUCUUAAAGAGGAGUUCUCUUAUAUGAACAUCCAUGAGGUGCCCAAGAUCGAGAAGGUGGUGGUGAAUUGUGGGAUGGGAGAUGCGGAGCAGAAUUCCAAGGGUUUGGAGGCGGCGAUAAAGGACCUUGCCGUCAUAACUGGGCAGAGACCCGUCAAGACAAGGGCCAAGAAUUCCAUCGCGGCCUUCAAGCUCCGGGAGGGCACCACUGUUGGCAUAGCUGUUACCCUUCGUGGCAAUGUUAUGUACUCAUUCCUUGAUCGAUUGAUAAACUUGGGGCUUCCCAGAACCAGGGAUUUUCAAGGUCUUAACCCAAACAGUUUUGAUGGGCAUGGAAAUUAUAGCAUUGGCAUGCGUGAUCAGAGUGUAUUCCCUGAAAUCAGGUACGAGGCAAUUGGUAAACAGAGAGGAAUGGAUGUCUGCAUAACUACCACAGCAAAAACAGACAAAGAAGCUCAGAGAUUGCUUUCUCUCUUGGGGAUGCCAUUUAGAGAGGGUGGUGGCCCGACCGUGCUUAUUCGCAGGAAGAAACGAAAGGCUGCUCACUUCGACCAAAAGGGUAAAGGUAGAAGGUAAGUUUAAGGUGCACCUUUCGCUUCAGGUAGUGCUACUACCUCUGACUCCUUUGAUUCUGUGCACUAUUUCAUUUUUUUGGCAAGCUGAGAAGUGAUUCCUUCUGUGAAACCAGUUUAAGUGUCUUUGCUGUUGUAUGUUCUGAUUUAUCUAGACAUUAUUAUCCUUUUGGUUCAUCAAAUUAUAUGGCUGACCUUGGAUCA